CUCGAGUCGCUAGAUCCGUGGGUCGGUUGUGAAAGAUGUCGGAGAAGAGCGGAUGGUGAAAACCUGCGCGAUUUGUAAAUAGUUAUUUCCUAUUUGUGUAAAAUUUCUAUUGACAUUUUACUUUAUCUGUUAAUUAACAUUAAAAAAAUCAAUUAUGGCUACUCUUGGUCCUUCUUCUAAACCAGAGUUUGUUGUGAGUUGCAAGUAUCGUUUAGUUCGUAAAAUCGGUAGUGGUUCAUUUGGUGACAUUUAUCUAGGAAUCAACAUCACGAAUGGAGAGGAAGUAGCUGUGAAACUUGAAUCAAUUAGAGCAAGACACCCUCAGUUAUUAUAUGAAAGCAAACUAUACAAACUUCUACACGGUGGCGUAGGAAUUCCUCAUAUAAGAUGGUUUGGACAGGAGCGGGAGUACAAUGUACUGGUGAUGGACCUGUUGGGACCUUCCUUGGAGGACCUGUUCAACUUCUGCUCACGCCGGUUCACCAUCAAGACAGUGCUUAUGUUGGCAGACCAGAUGAUCGGCCGCAUCGAGUAUGUCCACUGCAAGUCUUUCAUCCAUCGUGACAUCAAGCCAGACAAUUUCCUCAUGGGCAUUGGCAGACACUGUAAUAAACUGUUCCUGAUUGAUUUUGGGUUAGCAAAGAAAUUUCGGGAUACACGUACACGUCAACACAUCAGCUACCGGGAAGACAAGAAUCUGACCGGCACAGCUCGCUAUGCUUCCAUCAAUGCUCAUCUUGGUAUCGAACAGAGCCGAAGAGAUGACAUGGAAUCUUUAGGUUAUGUCAUGAUGUACUUUAACAGAGGGGGUUUGCCAUGGCAGGGUCUCAAGGCGGCGACGAAAAAGCAGAAAUAUGAAAAAAUUAGUGAAAAGAAAAUGUCAACACCUGUUGAAGUCUUAUGUAAGGGGUUCCCAGCGGAAUUUGCAAUGUACCUUAACUACUGCCGAGGGCUGAGGUUCGAGGAGGCGCCCGACUACAUGUAUCUAAGACAACUGUUCCGCAUCCUGUUCCGCACGCUCAAUCACCAGUACGACUACAUGUUCGACUGGACUAUGCUGAAGCAGAAGGCUGCCAACUCAGGGGCCAGCAGUGUUGGGGCAGGGGCCACCGCGGGGACCACAGCCGGGGCUCCCGGCCUGCCCACCACAGGAAACCGUUAAAAGGAUAAAAGUUAAGCAGUGGUACCAACCUUCUUCAUUAGAAACAAAAUGGAGGCUCGACCACCAUUUUGUGUUCAACCUAGUGGAAAGCGAUGUAAUCUUUUGGGCAACAGUGAAUCAGUAUGAUUGGAUGAAGUCUACUUAGCCCUGGCCCGUUCAUUAAAUUUUAUAGGAAUCCCUUUUUCAUGUGUGAGACUACUGUAUUGAACCUUUUGAUAAUUUGUUCAUAAACUAUUGUCAUUAAACGCCACUGUUAUCAGACCAAUGUGUUUUUGGUGAACUCAUUCAAGUUUUGUAGUUUCCUUUAUCAAGUGAUACCAUCGCGAUGUACCUUGUUUUAUAUAUAAAUAUCAAUAAAUAUUUCUUAUUCCAUCGCUUCUAUAUGUUAGAUACGAAGAUAUAAACCAAUGUUAUGGUAUCAAGAUAUCCACUCGUUCAAAUGGUAGUCUUCUAUUUGUAAAUGCCAAUAUCUUUUCUUUUCGACCAACCCUGGCCAUUCAUACAUUUUUAGGAAUGGACUAAAAAUUUAUUAUAAAAGUAUUUAAAAACUAAAAAAAAUUAACCAAGUCAUGAUGUCUUGUUUAUAGUUUUUACUCUUUUAUGUAAUUUAUUAUCGUGAGUGGAACCUAUUCUACUUUGUAUAUGUAAAACUAGUUACAUUUUCCUUAAGUUCAUUGGCAUAUAAAUAAUUCUCCAUUUUAUUCAGUAAAGAAAUAGCUACAUAAAUCCGUAACAGUCCAAAAUGUACAGUGAGAGUGUCACUUAAUGUAAUGUUUAUAUGGCUACAAGUGGUCUAUUAUGGGUCAAAGAAUUGAUAUACUAGCUAAAUUAAUCUAUAAUGGCCCAGCCUAUGGAUUGAGUGUCAUGCUUAGUACUAAUACUGUAUUUAUUGUCAUGUCCAUAUGGCUAUACUGGGCUAUUACGUGAUUUGUGUAUGGCUAAUAACAUAGUUAUCUUUUAGUAAUAAAUUCAUAUCUAAAUAAUGUAACACCCAAUGUAAUUAUUAAAACGUCCAUCCCUAAAAAUAAAGAAACACUAUUUGUUCUAUCGUUCGUUGUAUAUAUAUUCUUAGGCUAUGUAGCUCGUCCCCAUUUGUGAUAAAAAUGGGGCACGAGUUUUAUCGCGAUAAUAUAUAAAUUAAAAUAAAGCACUUUAUAAGUUAAUAAUUUAAGAUGGAAUCUUUGGUUUGUAGUUGUUUUGUAAUUCUUUGCUUUAUAAUUAUAUUGAGUUGCAUUCUGCCCCUCAGGUAAGAUUUAUUCAUUAUUAUCGGUUGUAAAUUUUACCUUAGGUUAAUUAAGGCUAUACUCUCUGAAUGGGGGUGUAAUUUCUUAUCUUGACACUAUUUUAUGGAGGCGUAGUUGUAAAAAGCACUGUUAUUGUAUGUUACGCUGCUUUAUAAAAUAACUUUAAAUACAUUUAAAUUAAUAUAUAUAUAUAUAUAAAUUGUACUAAAAAUAUAACACAUAUUUGGUAUGCCAUUGUAUUAAUUAUAUUAUAAUAUUUAAAUUAGUAAUUAUGGGUGAUAUCAUAUUAUUCAGAUAUUUAUAUUCUUUUAAAUUUUAUCUUGUGGACAUUUACACCUCUGUUUAUAGAUUCAUAAACAUAUAUUGUGUAAAAUGUCUUUGAGUUUUAAAUUGAUAAAGCUUUAUAUUGUUAACUAAUCUAGAAUCUCCAAAAUAGAAUCAAUUCCCUGAUUGAAUUCAAAAUAUUGUGCUUUCUUACAGACUUUGUAAAAGGUGAAUGUACCUAAUGAUAAGAUUGGCCUAGUUUUAGUUGUCAAAUAACAUAAAUAUUCAAGAGGGCUGACUCUGAAGUAAAUUUUUUCAUACUUCAAGCUUUGUUAGCAAUUUAUUUAUGUGAUCAGAUGAAUUUAUUAAAAUGUUAAAAUUUUAAUAUAUUGAAACAAUUUUAAAUAGUUGAUUUUUAAAAUUUGUAUUUUUAAUAGUUUUAAAAGUCAAUUAAAUUUUCUAGGCAAGAUGUGACAAGUUAAAUUGUAGGUGUUCAAGGUUUAAGGAGGAUUUUUAUAAUAAAACAUUCAAUGCAAUAAAGUUCUUUAUUGUCUUAUUGUUUGUAUCUAGAACCUUUCACCAUAAGCAAAAUUUAAUUUAAACGCUUAAAUUAAUUUUCAUUGUUUUUUUUCGGAAUUGUAAUUUAUUGUAAGGGUUCUUAGACAAACCACACAUAUUUUAUGCAAGAGAAUGUUUGUCCCAUAGGUACCCUUUUUCAUUUGGUUGUUAAUAUUUUCAAACAUUUGAUUGUGUACCUUUUGAAAUGUUUGAUUGUGUAGUUUCAGCUACAUAAAAAAUGUAUAUUGUAGCAUAAAACAUUAAAUGUAUGAUGUAUGCUGGCACCACUUGUAUACUGAGUGUAUGUUAAUUUAUGUGGAACUUACUGUGUUAUUGGUGUUGUCAAUAUAACGAAUUAUGCUCUUACAUUAAGAGUUGCCAGUUUGGGGAAGAAUGUAUAGAUAGAACCAGUCCAAAUGUUGUAAAUAGCUCAUCCUAGGCCUAAACAAUUACCUGAGGGGUUUCAUCAGUUCUUUUGUUUUUUAAGUACUCUGAAUUGUUUGAUAGUAAUUAAUUUUAUCGAAAAUAAAAAAAAAAUAGAUUUAUCUA